UGUUUACUAUUACACUUUACGUUUACAGUAAAAAUAAAAUACCUACAGCAGAGUUUUUAUAAAUUGAUUUAAAAAUGUCAGAAGAAUCAUCUUCAGAAUCAGAGAUAGAAGCUUGUAGUUCAAAGUUUAAUCCGUUAAAAGCUCUUUACUCUGAUAAACCUCAAAUUCCAGUACAAGAUGCGCCUAUGUUUGAGAACAUUCAGCAGUAUGAAAACGCUCUGAAAAUUAAAGAAAUUUUACCAGUUGAACUUGGUAACCUCGUUAAGAAAAGGGAAGAAGAGAAAGUGAGAAGGAGAGAAGAGGAAGAACGGAGACUCAAAGAGAUAAAUGAAAAGCGGUUCGCUCAAUAUAAAGCUGUGAUGCCGGUCAAAAGAGAGUUCAAAGAGAAGAAUGUUCUCACGCGAAUACAGAGAAUGCAGGGUCCUUUGGGUGCUUUGAAGGACUGUGUCGAUCAACGAUUGAGAAUCAAGGUGGUGGUGCGAAGCGCGAACGCCAUACGCGGCUAUUUGUAUGGCACACUGGUGGCGUUCGACAAGCAGUGGAACCUGGCGCUGACUGACGUCCUGGAGGUGUGGAAACGGAAGGGAGUCAGGAAGAGGAAGGUACCGCCCGGACUAGGAGUGCCAGUGGAACGCGGGUCAGCGGCGGCGCUGAGUCCGGUUCCGGUGGUGACGGAGGAGGCGCUAGGAGGGGGCGUGUGGGAGUGCACACGCCACGUGCCUCAGCUGAUGAUGCGCGGAGAACACGUGGUGUUCAUCAACGUGAUGGAGCGCUAGACAUGACUGGAGCCAAAAGCCACCUCGUCGUCGCACGGUGGAAAUAAAUAGAUUAUUUCUCGCCAUGAAUUAUUAGUUACUUCAUCUACUUAUAAGUAAAACAUAGAUUACAUUGUACCGGAACUAUUCAAAUGUACAGUUCAUAUUGGCGAUAGAAUAUGUCAUUCCAGUUUACAAAUAAUACAUUGAUAUGUUAACGGUCGUUGUCCUCUUAUAUAGUAUAUGUCGAAUGUCUGUGAAAUAUGUUUUAAGUAUAUAAUUGCGUAUUUAUAUGUAUACUUGUGUCCGGGUCCGCUAGAAGUAUUUCUGGUGGCGUACAAGAAGGAAUGAGUAACCACAGCUGUAUGGUGAACCUGGUCGAUCGAAUCAGAAACGAGGAAAUCCGUAGGAGAUGUCACUAACAUAGCCCAAAUGAUUGCGAACUUAAGUGUUCGUAACUAUUUUAUGCAAGUAAUUUGCUAUCCGUGAGGAUCUUUAAUUGGCUUUUUGUCACUAUUAGACUUUUAUUUAAAUUUAUUGUACGCUGCUGGUCUUCCUAUAUCAAUUAAAUGAAUAAAUAAAUAUAUGUAUACAUGUAAAUAUUUUACAAGGAGGCGAAUUUUUUUGUAUGUUUGUGUACGAUUAUCGUGUGUUAGUAGCACCUUACUUACAUAAUGUGUCUGUAUUGUGAAAUACUGAAACUAUGUAAAUGACAACUAAUAUAUCUCGAUAUAUAUAAAUUACGUGACACGUUGUUUGUCCGCGAUGGACUCCUAAACUAAUGAACGGAUUUUAACGGGGAUUACUUCAUGGAGUGCAGUUUGGUCCAACUUGAGAGAUAGGAUAGUUUUUAUUUCGAUUUGGGACACAUAAUUAUUUUUAUUUCCAAUGAAUUUAUUGACUCAUGGUUUGACAGUUCUGCUGUGAAACAAUUUUAUUGUAGUUAACAAUAGGGAUCAAUGAUGUUCUAUACAUAAUAUAGAACGUUAUUGACAGGGAGCAUAUAUUACAAAAUAAUUCUUGGUGUUAUAAGAUAUUACUGACAAAUCCAUAAAAAAACUGUAUAUUAUUUAUUAUGCACAGAACAACGUCUGUCGGGUCAGCUAGUAUAUAUAUAAUAGACCGAAGCCUUUAUCGCCAAAAGUUUAAAAUUUCCCACAUGAGCCAUAUGUUCCGGUCUUAUAUUACUCCAGUUUUCGAAAUCAUUAUGUACCAUUAUUUGAUGUUUUAUAAGGUCAGCAACGCUCCUGUGAAUCCUGUGGUAUUACAAGUGAGAUCUGAGACAUUACAUUCCACAUCAGGGAUCCCGGUUGUACUCCUCUUCCAUAAAAAAUAAAUAAAUUUUGCGAAAUACAAGUAAAAUUCUGUUUUUAUAAGAUUGUGCCUACUACUAAGUGCGCUUGAUAUUCGGUUAUAUCGCGCUCUGUAUGUGAUGAUUAUCAAUUGAAUAGAUAAUACCCACGGGGUUGAAACUGUUAUAAAUAAACUCAUAUUCGCAUUAGUAACGAUUUUAUGAUCUGUCAUUUUAUUUUUUAAAGAUUUUUAUUCUUUACGUAAGGGAACACAAUAAAAUAGUUAUUAUAAUGUUGCCCCACUUGCAAUAAGUAAUUCUACUUAAAUUUAAACUGCUCGAUAGAUAAAACUAAGAAUUGAUUCAUUUUAAUCUAAGUGGAAUAAAUAAUAAUUAAUAUAAAUUAUUUUUUGUUAUAUUAAAAUUAAUUAAUAAAUGGUUAAUUUAAGUAGAAUUACCUAGUUAUUUAUUCAUUAUAUUGUAACAGUAGACGUAUACAAAUGAUUUAAGUUUUCUUUAGUGUUAAUUCCGCCAAUAUCUGUUUUUAAACAAUUCGACACGUGUUUCGCCUCUACACGAGGCAUCUUCAGGAUGUGUUGUCUCGCCAAAAUCUGGCACGAGUCUCGUGAUUGUUGACAGCAUAAUUGUUUAAACAGAAUAUUGGCGGAAUUAACACUAAAGAAAACUUAAAUCAUUUGUAUAAUUAUGGAUUUCCGCAAAGUAACGCCUACUUCAGUAAUUUUUUCCUACAGUAGACGUACUCAUCGGAUAUAAGAUAAUAAUAAUCUAGUGAUAUUCGAAUAAAAUAUUGUCUGGUAGUGUAAGCAAAAUUUUAACCAAACUCGUCCAAAUUUCUUCCCGCGCCGAAUUUUACAUUUCAAACAUAUUUGAGGUUCUCUAUAACCCGUUGCGAUAGAAACCCCGUACUUGUAAUGGAGUUUCUAAAUGAUAAACAUUUAUUUCACAAAUUUGUAAGGAUUACUCAAAAAAAUUACCAGUGGGAUAUAGAUUAUGGGUACCGCAACGGCGGCUAUUUCUGCCGUGAAGUAGUAAUGUGUAAACAUUAUUGUGUUUCGGUCUGAAGGGCGCCGUAGCUAGUGAAAUUACUGGGCAAAUUAGACUUAACAUCUUAUGUUAGAAUUUUUGGGUUUUUCGAGAAUCCUGCGCGGCAUUUCAUUGUAAUGGGCAGGGCGUAUCAAUUACCAUCAGCUGAACGUCCUGCUUGUCUUGUGCCUUAUUGUCAUAUAAAACAUACGUAUUUCUUGGGAAACUGUUUUUGGUAUUUCUUCACACUAUUUUUCGUUCAAUAUUAUCCCUUUCUCUUGCUUGUCGUCAACAGACGGUAUGCGUUGGAUGAUCCAUGUUCCCGUUGACGAUAGACAGGACCGGGAAGGGCCCCCUUAAAUUACAUUCUGUUAAGUGCCCAGUGCAUAGCAUUCAUUUAAUGGCUUUCAAACUGUUUAAGUAUUGUUAUCAUAAAGUAAGUUAAGUUUGUCGAAUAUAAUUAUUAUUAAGUUAUUUUAUUAACUGUUUGUGAUAUAUAUUAAAGUGAUUCAAAGUU